AAGUAUUUUUUUAAAAAUAAGUAUAUAAAAUGAAGAAAGUUUCAUACGAAAAGGGUCAAUUUACCGAACAAAAAGUGUUUAUUGGAGGACUUGAAGUUUACUUGUACAAUGCAGAUGCAGUAGAGAAGUACGUUGCUUCCAAUAAAUCGAAGGAGUACCACAUAAACGUGGCAUAUAUUCUUCAACCUAGAGGAGAUCAUGAUCAUACUUUUGGUGAGUCAAUUGCAUACAAUAUUUUACAAGAUUAUUAUUCCAAAUCCAAGUUGUCAACACCAUUAGUUUGUGUUGCUUGGGAUGCCCCUAAUCAUGGUUCUAGAUGUGUUCAAGUUGAGAGAAAUACUAGUUGGGAAGAAGGUAAUGUUACUCAUGCUUUGGACAUGAUAUCCAUGAUUGAUUCCUAUGUUGAGGAAACCAAGUUGAUAAUGGACUCUCUCCAAGCCCAUUUGAAUGUGGACCAUCAUUUACCACCAAGUGAUGAAAAGGAAGCUGAGGAUGAAAAUAGAGUUAAAUUCUUUAAUAUUAUCAGUGGUGUUUCAUUAGGUGCUCAUACAUCAAUUAGAUUUGCCUCAAAAUACCCAAAACUUGCCCAAGUAAUUAACCCAAUGGUUGGAUGUAGUGAUUUAAGUACUCUUUUACUCAAUCGUCUCCAAAAAAUUGAUGAUCAAGAUUACAAGAAGAAGUUUUAUUUCAAUUAUGAGGAAUUGGGACUUGAUGAAGAACAAAGAAGAGAUUUUUAUCCAAAGGCCCUUCAUAAGCAUGUUAGUAAACAAGAUAUUAACAUUUUCGAAAACCUUUCAAACUCUGGAGUUAAAAUGUUUGCCAGUUUUGGAGCUGAUGAUAAAUUGGUUCCCGCUGAAUUAUCUAGACUGUGGGUUGAUAUGUACAGUUUGAACAAUACUGACUCUCAAAGUUUCACACAAGAACAUAUUGGUCAUCAAAUCACAAUUGAAAUGAUCGACAAAUUUACAACUUGGUUAAUCAAACAAAUUCCUAUUGAAUAAACUCAUAAGGAAUACACGUGACCAUAUAAUAUACCAAAAAAAAAAGGAAAAUAAAAAGCCAAAAAAAAAAAAUACGAUUUUUUUUAAACGGUUUUCAAGCAUUUGUAGAACAAUUGUAUUUAGAAAGAUAAAGAAAAUAAAUGUGUAGAGAACUAUAAG